GAGUGGGAUGAUGCGGUUUCGUUGGGACGCGCGUGCAGCAUCAAACUCGGGACAGCAGCAUGUCUACUUACAGAUCUCCUCAUAGCUCCUAUAGGAAGAUGUUCGGCGGAGAUAGAACCACGGUGAGAAGCAGCUACUCCAGCCGCCAGUAUUCCGCGCCCAUGCGCACUACCCGGGUUCUGUCCUACGGAGCCCCGGGGGGCUCUGGCGGCAUGGUGUACGCCACCAAGACGCAGCGUUUGCGCAGUAGCAACGCGGCUAUGCCCCGGCUCGCCUCGGAGCAGCUGGACUUUUCGCUGUCCGACGCUAUCAACAGCGAAUUCAUCGCCAACCGCACCAGCGAGAAGGCGCAAAUGCAGUCACUCAACGACCGCUUCGCAAGCUACAUCGAGAAGGUGCGCUUCUUGGAGCAGCAGAAUAAGAUCCUGCUGGCCGAGCUGGAGCAGCUCCGAGGCAAGGGCACGUCGCGAGUCGGCGACCUGUACGAGGACCAGAUGCGAGAGCUCAGGCGCCAGGUGGACCAGCUGAGCAACGAGAAGGCCCGAGUGGAGGUCCACCGGGACAACCUGGCCGAUGACAUUGGGAGGCUCCGAGAUAAGUUGCAGGAUGAGAUGUCACAGAGAGAAGAGGCUGAAGCUAACCUGCAGAGCUUCCGGCAGGAUGUGGACAAUGCUGCUCUGACCAGAUUGGACCUGGAGAGGAAGGUGGAGUCCCUCCAGGAGGAAAUCGACUUCCUCAAGAAGCUACAUGAUGAGGAAAUGCUGGAGCUGCAGACCCAGAUCCACAUGCAGCAGCACGUGCAAGUGGACAUGGAAGUGGCCAAGCCGGACCUGACAGCUGCUCUGAGGGACGUACGCUUGCAGUACGAGAAUCUGGCCUCCAAGAACAUCCAGGAGUCUGAGGAUUGGUACAAGUCCAAGUUUGCAGACCUCACUGAAGCGGCCGCCCGCAACAAUGAUGCUCUGAGGCAGGCCAAGCAGGAGGCCAAUGACUACAGACGCCAGGUUCAGGCCCUCACCUGUGAAGUGGACGCCCUAAAAGGAACCAAUGAGUCGAUGGAGCGGCAGAUGCGAGAGAUGGAGGAGAACUUCUCUACUGAAAUGGCCGGCUAUCAGGAUACCAUUGCUCGCCUGGAGGACGACAUUCACAACAUGAAGGACGAGAUGGCUCGCCACCUUCGGGAGUAUCAGGAUCUCCUCAAUGUCAAGAUGGCUCUUGACAUCGAGAUCGCCACCUACAGGAAACUGCUGGAAGGAGAGGAGAGCAGAAUCUCCACCCCAAUGCCAAACUUCUCAGCUCUCAACCUGAGAGCCAUGGUGGAAUACAAACCUCAAGUGGAAACUGCAACCACCAAGAAGGUUCUCAUCAAGACCAUCGAGACCAGAGAUGGUCAGGUAAUUAACGAGUCGACCCAGAACCACGAUGACAUGGAGUAAUAAGGCCCUUGUCGAAAACAACACACACAAGCAAUACGACAAUAGUCACUGGCUCUACACUCAAAGACACACAUAGCUUCAAAAAGUGCCUUUUUCAAUGUAAUGAUUCGGUAUGCUAGUUAGUUUAAAAACACAAUGUAUCUAGCUUGCAUUUGUGUUGUUUUUUGUUGUUGUUGAAGAAACAAUAGUUAACUAUUAUAACACAACUUUUUGAUAGAUUCAAAAGUAGGGAUGGGAAUCGAAACCCGAUUCCAAUUCCGAACCGGUUCCUAGUGUUUCGAGGCCUCGACAUCACAAUGAAAAAGCCUUAACGAUCUCUUUCACGAUUCCUAAAGACACAUAUUGCGUCGUGACGUGUCUUGUUGUCCAGACGUAUCAAACUAGCAUGGCGCCAAGAACCACUCGCUCCAAAGUUUGGCUACACUUCACCAGGAAAGAGGGUGAAAAUAAAAGGUUAGGAUGGUUUAGCACAACGUGGCAGGCGUAAACAUAACAAUGACAGCACGUAGGUUCAAACGCUUGAAAGUGUGUCUUCACUUCACGAGGAAAAAUUUGAACAAAGCGACUUACAGUCAUUGCAAGGUGGAGAUAAGUGCGUCGGGAGGGAAUACGACUGUAGUGUCCUCACCAAGACGCCAAGUCUCAGUCCUGGCUUUACAGCGGGCUAAACUCCCAAAUGACAAUGCAGAAGACAUUGGUAUAAUUUGCUGACUUUAUUCAACCAUCACUUGAAGAAUGAAACUAAAAAUAGAUAUGAAACAAAUCAAUUUCAUCCCAAAUAACAAACAGGUUUGCAUCAACGUAAAUAUGCGAUGAUUAGCUGCUAAUACAAUAACAACACAAAUGGUUAGCAUACGUUCGCUAGAGUUAGCACAUCGUUCAAACCACUACACAACUGGAUUUAAGUAUUCGAUCGCGAGUGGAAACACACAACAACAACACAAAAGAUGAUACAUACAGGCGUUGCCUCGAGAUAUUUUACAAACAUUACAAACUCACUCGCUUGGAUGCAGCACUUCUUCGCGUGUAAGUGCCCUCUUCACACGAGCGCGUUCUUCUUCAUGUGAGGAAGCACAAGGGCGCCCCCACUUGAGCGUGAAAGCACCAUAAAAACUAAAUGCAUUUCAAUAUAAUGGUAAAUAAUACACUUAAACACAUGGGUCCCCAAACUACGGCCCCCGGGCCGGAUAGGGCCCGCCUCCAAAUUUGGUCCGGCCCCCUGAACAAUACCAGAGAGCAUUUUGAUUUUUUUUUUUCUCAAUAGUGUUAUUUAUUUCCUGGCCUUUUUCUGUGAGGAAGUCGGAGAGGGCUAUUUAAUUAAUAGUGUUAUUAUUAUUUAUUACUAUUAUAUUAUUAUUUUUAUUUUAUUUACUUUUGUUCCAUGAAGGUUCCAGAAAGGGUUAUUUGAUUGUGGCUUUCUGAAAAACAAAUAAUUUUUCACUAGGGUUGUUCCGAUCAUGUUUUUUUGCUCCCGAUCCGAUCCCGAUCAUUUUAGUUUGAGUAUCUGCCGAUCCCGAUAUUUCCCGAUCCGAUUGCUUUUUUUUUGGCUCCCAAUUCAAUUCCAAUCAUUCCCGAUAAUUUUUCCCGAUCAUAUACAUUUUGGCAAUGCAUUAAGAAAAAAAUGAAUAAAACUCGGACAAAUAUAUACAUUCAACAUACAGUACAUAAGAACUGUAUUUGUUAAUUAUGACAAUAAAUCCUCAAGAUGGCAUUUACAUUAUUAACAUUGUUUCUGUGAGAGGGAGCCACGGAUAGAAAGACUUGUGACUUUGUAUAUUGUGACUAAAUAUUGCCAUCUAGUGUAUUUGUUGAGCUUUCAGUAAAUGAUACUGUAGCCAUGCCCAAAUGCAGGAUGGGAAGUGGAACCAUGACUGUGCGUAGUGCUACCAAUUGAUAUAUGUUCUCUGCGUUGGGAAAUAACAUAAGGUGUUCAGAAAAAGAUCAAUUGCUACCUUGCUUCCCCACAUUGCCUCCCAUGAUAUUUCUAAUCAAAGGGAGAGGGAUUGUAAGGCUAGCCAAUUAAAAAAAGGCUCCAAAGGCUGCCAAAAUUCACUCUACUCAUUUUACGCUGCCUUUUAUCUCUCUAGAUAGGUAAAAUGGCGCCAUUACAGAUUGAGCGCGAUAAUGCGUGUGUGGGUCAUGCAGUGCAUGCAUUAAUUGCGUUAAAUAUUUUAACGUGAUACAUUUUUUUAAAAAUUUAGUAGCGCCGUUAUCGGGAUAAAUUUGAUAACCCUACCUUUAGCCUAAACUAAAGACUCUGGAUGAGUGUAACAUAUUAUGUCUGUCACGUUAAAUACAAUUAGAAAACAAUUUAAUAAAAAAAAAAAAAAUAUAUAUAUAUAUAUAUUAAAAAAAGGCAUGGCCGAUAUUUUUUUGCUGAUUCCGAUACUCUGAAAAUGACGUGAUCGGACCCGAUCGAUUGGGAUGCCGAUCGAUCGGGACAUCUCUAUUUUAUACAUUUAGGCACUCCUGCAAUCGUCACACUUUUUCUGUUACAAACUGACCCCGGCCCCUCAUCAGAGAAGGGAAAAGUUAUGUGGCCCUCACAGGAAAAAGUUUGGGGACCCUUGCUUUAACACAUAUUACAAAAGGCAGAACAACGACCUACAUGCCAAUAUAUACCAAUAUUUAUUUCUAUUAAAAAAAUGUUUCAGUAAAAUGUUACACAUUCUUGUGCAUUUGCCACUUAUUGCCACAGUUAACAUUGAGGCUUUGGGCCUCUUUUGACCUCGUUGUGAGUUUGUAAGGUUGUGACUUCUGAUUAAACAAACUCGAUGCCAAUCAAAAUGAUUGUUCUUCUUUUCCCCCAAAUUAGAAUCGAUAAGAGAAUCGAAUCGUUAAGCAAUAUCGAUAAUGGAAUCGGAAUCGUAAAAAUUGUAUCAAUUCCCAUCCCUAUUCAAAAGGCACAUGGUCAGAUGCUAAACAUGGUUACCACUGUCCUCUUUGCAGCAAUAAACUAAUGAAACUGUGA